AUGGCUACUGAUCAGCGGAAACCACUCCCUUUCGUUGCGAAUUUCGCUGCUGGCGCGAUUGCUGGUGUCUCAGAGAUUUUGACAUUUUACCCUCUAGGUGACAUGUCUCAGGUAAAGACUCGGAUGCAACUUGAGACCGGCAAGGGCAAGCACGGAAUGGUCGGCACUAUGUCGUCUAUAGUGCGGGAAGAAGGUUUCGGCCGACUUUACCGAGGCUUGGUCCCUCCUCUUCUUCUCGAGGCGCCAAAGCGUGCGGUUAAGUUCGCCGCUAAUGACUUUUGGGGAAAGACUUAUAUGGGCUUAUCCGGAGACUCUAAGAUGACACAACAGCUCUCCAUCUUGACGGGGUGUAGUGCUGGUGCAACGGAGAGCUUCGUUGUCGUUCCAUUUGAGCUUGUCAAGAUUAAGCUGCAAGAUAAAAGUAGUACAUUUGCUGGUCCCAUUGAUGUGGUCAAGCAGAUUCUCAGAAAGGAAGGUCCACUUGGUCUCUAUGCUGGCAUGGAGGCAACCUUCUGGAGGCACUUAUGGUGGAAUGGUGGAUAUUUUGGAUGUAUUCAUCAAGUCCGUAGCAUAAUGUCACCUGCCGAGGCAAGGCAAUUGUUCAAUAAUUUCGUCUCCGGCAGUGUAGGUGGCUUCGUUGGAACUGCUGUGAACACCCCCUUCGAUGUCGUGAAGUCUCGCAUUCAGGGCGCUGCUAAGGUCCCGGGAGUUGUCUCGAAGUAUAACUGGACAUACCCUGCACUCAUGACGAUCAUGCGCGAGGAGGGCCCUGCAGCUCUUUACAAGGGCUUCUUGCCAAAGGUUCUCCGUUUAGCACCUGGAGGUGGUGUCUUGCUCCUGGUGGUUGAGUUCACCCUUGGAGUAUUCCGGCAGGCCCUUGGUCCACCUUACAUCUAG